GAGCUAUUCUGAAGUAAACAUGGCAGAGUUUAGCUUGGCAGAUAUCGGACGGAAAUUGUUGGAGUUCAAAGUCAGAUCUAAACGUUCAGUCUAAUUUAGCUGAAAGACCAUUGGCAUUAAGUACACCUUUUGAGCAUGGCCAACUCGGCAAAUGAGAUUUCCUCCAGUCUUCGGAAACUUCGCAGACACGGCUCCAUCUAUGAACCUCUUAAACUCUCCUUCCUCCAUCGAGAAGAUGAGCCACUCUGGGAGAAGCUUGAUCGCCACUACAAUUUUGUUAAGCUGACCAUUCUGAACUUCCAGAGUACCACCACUGGUCUGUUUCCCACCAAGACCUGUUCAACAUGCAAGGAGUCCAAAGUCAGGGACUCUCUCUACUGCGCAGCCAGUAUCUGGGCCCUGGCCAUGGCCUACAGACGCAUCGACGAUGACAUGGGCCGCACUCAUGAGCUGGAGCACUCGGCCAUCAAGUGCAUGAGGGGCAUCCUCUACUGCUACAUGCGUCAGUCUGACAAGGUGGAGCAGUUCAAGCAGGACCCCAACCCGUCUAAGUGUCUCCACUCUGUGUUCAACCUGCACACGGGGGACGAGUAUUACCCCAAUGAGAAAUACAACCAUCUGCAGAUUGAUGCCGUCUGCCUGUUCCUGCUGUAUCUGGUGGAGAUGAUCUGCUCCGGUCUUCAGAUCAUCUACAACACUGAUGAGGUGGCGUUCAUCCAGAACGUGGUGUUCUGUGUGGAGCGGGCGUACCGCGUGCCAGACUUUGGCAUGUGGGAGAGGGGCAGCAAGUACAACAACGGCAGCACUGAGCUGCACUCCAGCUCUGUUGGUAUGGCUAAAGCAGCUUUGGAGGCCAUCAAUGGAUUCAACCUGUUUGGAAAUCAGGGCUGCUCAUGGUCUGUCAUCUUUGUGGAUCUGGAUGCCCACAAUCGCAACAGGCAGACACUGUGCUCACUGCUGCCAAGAGAGUCCAGAUCUCAUAACACGGACGCCGCCCUGCUGCCGGUCAUCAGCUACCCGGCCUUCGCCUGUGAUGACGACGCGCUCUUCUCCCAGACAAUGGACAAGAUUGUGCGCAAGCUGAAGGGCAAGUACGGCUUCAAGCGCUUCCUGCGCGACGGCUACCGCACGGCCAAUGAGGACAGGAACCGCCGCUACUACAAGACGGCCGAAAUGAAGCACUUUGACGGCAUCGAGUGCGAGUUCCCUCUCUUUUUCAUCUACAUGAUGAUUGAUGGUGUGUUCCGUGGUAAUUCUGCCCAGGUGAAGGAAUACCAGACACUCUUGGAAGGAGUCAUGUUCCAGACCUUUGAAGGUGAGCCGGUGAUCCCCAAGUACUACCAUGUGCCUGCUGACUUUGUGGAGGGCGAGCAGAGGAACCACGGCAGCCAGAAGCGUUUCCCCAGCAACACGGGCCGAGACGGCAUGCUCUUCCUCUGGGGACAGGCCAUGUUCAUCAUCGCCAAGCUACUGGUGGAGGGCCUGAUUAGCCCUAAGGACAUUGACCCCAUCCACCGCUACGUGCCUCGGCAGGACCAAAGGAAUGUCAGCAUGAGAUACUCCAACCAGGGCCCUAUCGAGAACGAUGUGGUGAUCCACGUCUCUAUCAUAGCAGAAAGUCAAAGACUCCAGGUCUUCUUGAACACCUAUGGCAUCCAGACACAGACCCCUCAGCAGGUGGAGCCUAUUCAGAUCUGGCCACAGCAAGAACUUGUCAAGGCUUACCGUUUUCUGGCCAUGAACGGCAAGCUGGGUUUGACUGGCCGCCCUGAUAGACCAGUGGGAUGCCUUGGUACCUGUAAGACUUACCGCAUCCUGGGCAAGACGGUGGUCUGCUACCCCAUUGUCUUCGAUCUGAGCGACUUCUACCUGUCCCAGGACAUCAUGCUCCUGAUUGAAGACAUCAAGAACAUACUGCAGUUCAUCAAGCAUAGCUGGAAGAUGCAGGGUCGGCCCCUCUUCAUAGUUCUCAUCCGGGAGGACAAUAUCAAGGGGAGCCGGUUCAACCCAGUUCUGGACAUGCUGGCGGCAUUAAAGAAAGGAAAUAUCGGAGGGGUCAAAGUGCACGUGGACAGACUGCAGACACUCAUAUCGGGAGCUGUGGUGGAGCAACUGGACUUCCUUCGUGUCAAUGAAGCAGAGAUCCCUGAGUUCAGGAGCUUUGAGGAGCUGGAGAUGCCCAAGCACUCCAAGGUGAAGCGACAGACCAGCACACCCAACGCCUCGGACCUGGAGCAGCAGCCUGAGAUCAACAUGGAGGAAUGGAAGCAGAAGUCCACACAGGAGAUCAUGCAGAAGUUUUAUGACUCUGACUGCCUGGCCAGUCAAGCCCAGUUGGCCAGCAUUCUCAUCCAUAAGGAGGGGCCUCAGCUCCUGGCCAAGGAUGCGACCCUGAAGGAGGAGCUAGAGCGGAUCUACAGGAGAGCUGGAAGCAGGAAGCUUUGGCUGGCGGUACGCUACACUGCAGCCGUAACCGGGAAGUUUGCCAGCUCUAUAGCUCCCCAUAUCACCACUUUAUUGGUCCAUGGCAAGCAGGUCACGCUGGGCCUGUUUGGCCACGAGGAGGAGGUGAUCACCAACCCUCUGUCCCCCGGCGUGAUCAAGGGCAUCAUCUACAGCAAGUGCGGCCAGGAGCGCGAGGCCGUGCUGCAGCAGGAGCUGGUCAUCCACAUCGGAUGGAUCAUCUCCAACAACCCAGAGCUCUUCAGCGGCAUGCUCAAGAUGCGCAUCGGGUGGAUCGUUCAAGCCAUGAAGCACGAGCUGAAGAUCCGUGCCAGUGACAUGCAGGUCCAGGACAUCUACCAGAUGUCCCCAAGUGACAUCAAGCAGCUGCUCAUGGACGUCCUCCAGUCCCAGCACACCAGCAGGUCAUGGCUGCACAGACGGCAGAUCGACGGCUCCCUCAACCGCACCCCACCGGGCUUCUACGACCGCGUAUGGCAGAUCCUGGAGAGGACUCAUGGUGGCAUCAUGGUGGCCGGAGACAAUCUGCCACAGCAACCCACCCUGUCGGACAUGACCAUGUAUGAGAUGAACUUCUCCUUGCUUGUGGAAGACAUGCUGAGAAACAUUGUGUUGCCUGAAUACAGGCAGAUUAUCGUUGAGCUCCUCAUGGUUGUGUCCAUUGUACUGGAGAGAAACCCAGAGCUGGAGUUUCAGGAGACUGUGGAUUUGGAUCGCUUGGUCAAAGAGGCAUUCAGUGACUUCCAGCGUGACCACAGCAAGACUGAUGGAGUAGAAAAGAAGGUUAACAUGGAGGCCUUCUACAACACCCCAGCCCUGGGCAAGAGAGGCACCUCCAGUUACCUGACCAAGGCCGUCAUGAUCCAGCUCCUUCAGGGCGAGCUCAGGCCAAGCAAGGAUGACCCUUGUUCCGUCAGCUAAACAUGCGUUUGCACACACACACACACACACACACACACACACACACACACACACACACACACACACACACACACACACACACACACACACACACACACACACACACACACACACACACACACACACACACACACACACACACACACACAGAGGAGUAGGCUUCCUUCAUGCACACACACACACACACACACACACACACACACACACACACACACACACACACACACACACACAUGCAGUUUACUCAUGUACGCACGCACACACACACUCCCACGGGCAUAGGCUUACUACACUCAUACACACAACAACAACCACACUGGGUGAUUCCUGUACUGUAGUUGGCUAUAGGCCUGUUAGCCUGUUAGUCUGUUUUGUGUGAUUUACAAACAGGCCUUCAGUCGGUUGGCUGGCUACUACUAAUCUUUUAGAAACUCCAUGUAAUAACCUCAAGAAGCACCAGCAGAGUUUGUUGUGUCAAGAGAGAAUACAGGUCACAUCGAUUCAUUGUUACUGGGGUCAUUGACGUUUUUUAGUAGCAGAUGUCAGGUGGCACAAUAUGGUUAUAUUAUCUAUACAGCUACUGCUACUUGUGUAAUAAAUAAAUAAAUAAAUAAAUAAAAGUAGAAACCAUUCAUAUGCUUUUAAGGCAAUCCAGUGAAAGCAAAAAAAAACAUUUAGUGGCAUUGUGGUUGCAACAUCCUGAUGUCUGCUACUAAACAAACGUCAAUGACCCACUAAAAGCUGAAAAGGAGAAUGUAUUUGUUUAAUAGAAAGCAUUUGCCUACUAGACCCUGCAUGUUGUUGCCUUGUAGGGCACAAAAUGUGGAAUAUUGUUUGUAAUGUCAAAGUGAAGUCAACAGUUUAACCAACUGUCUUAGCAUGAACCUUUGUCACUGUUUGCAUUUAUUUUUGAAAAUUCACUGUGAUAGAUCAUGUAUUAAUCCGAACAUACCUUUAAAACAGUAUAUCACUGUUUUCAGAGAUUCAGAUGAAUGUUUACGGUUAGGUAUUUCUAGCAUGUGUAAAAGAUGACUAUCCUUUGCUUCUGGAAUUUGCUUUCCAGUAGCAAUGUUUUCAAUGUCAACCAUCAGAACAUCUGUCCUGUUUGAGAGAAGAAUAAACUAUCAUUAUCA